AUGGCCCCCGUCAACAGCACCCCUCCUCCUCCUGGUGUCUACGUCCCGGCCGUUCUCUUCUUUGACGAGAACGAGGAAUUUGACGUGCCUGCCAUUAAGGCACACAUCCUACGGCUGGCGAAGGGGGGUGUGACGGGGAUACUUGUGCAAGGAAGUAAUGGCGAGGCGCAACAUCUCUCUCACGAUGAGAGGAAAGAAGCUAUACGUCUGACAAGGCAGACGCUUAAUGAGAACGGCUUUCAAGAUGUUGUAAUUGUCGCGGGUACAGGCGCACAGUCUACUCGGGAGACAAAGAAGCUCUGUGCGGACGCCGCAGAGGCUGGAGCGGCUUACUGCCUCGUGUUAACGCCGUCCGUCUGGCCCGCCCAGAUGACAGCCGAAAAGAUUUUUAAGUUCCACCGAGAUGUCGCUGAUGCCUCCCCAAUCCCGACCAUGAUAUACAACUUCCCUGUCGUCACAGCAGGUCUCAACCUCGACUCAGAUAUUAUUGGUGCUCUCGCCCAGCAUCCCAAUAUUGUCGGUACCAAGCUGUCCUGCGGAAUGGUUGGCAAGCUGCAUCGCUUAACAUCCUCCGUCCCCGCGUCCAAGUUCGCCACCUUCCCGGGCGUGUCCGACGUCUUCCUACAAGGUCUCGUCUCAGGCAGCGCAGGGCUCAUCGGUGCCCUCCCGAACGUCGCACCGAAAGCGCACAUGGAGGUCUACAGGCUCUAUAAGGCGGGCAAGCUUGAGGAAGCGACGAAGAUUCAGGCGCUGCUUGGCCAUGCUGAUUGGGAGCUUGGCAAGCUGGGCAGCAUUGGGGGCAUCAAGGCUGUUGUGUCGAAGCACUUUGGGUACGGCACAACUGUCGUGCGUGGCCCGCUCAGUGCUGCGGUCAUUACGACGGCCAACACCCAGAAGCUGGAUGAGUUGAUUGUGCUCGAGAAGUCGUUGUAG